UAGUAUAAAGCAGAAAAUAUAAGUACCUCGGUAUGGCGCUUGAGUUGAUGUACCAAGUUUGUAGUGCUGUUGCUGAAAGGUUGUAAAUACUGAGAGAUAUUGAAAGUAAACACACCUGUGAAGAUGCAAACCGGUGAUGGAUAAAAUAUAAACAAGGUUGUGUUUGUUUCUGGUCACAAACCGGGCUAAAAGGCUGCCGGUUAAAGCUUAAUACUGAGUGGUUUGUCCACUUUUCCACCCCGACAAGUAACGAUGUUUUAUGAGAUUUCCUGGCGCCAAACAUUCAAUAUAAAACAUCAUGUACCAGCAGACCAUAAAGAUUAGCGUCCGUCGUCCUUAAAACCUCCUGACUCAGAGGAUGGAUUGCCACAGCGUUGGAUUAUAUAUCCCUGUCCUCCCCGUUCACUUCUUCUUCUUCUCAUCAGUCUCCAUGACAACCAGCGUGAGUCACCCAGGAGACCAGCGAAUCACAUUAGCCUCUUUUUUUUUUUUUUUUUUUAAUCAGUCUCACCUUUCUCCCACCACCACCUCGACUGUCAACACAUUAGCACCAGCCUCAGGCCUCUUUACACAGAAAGAAACAACACGUGGACAUCGGGUUGCCAUGUUAACCAUGUAAAUGACGUGGUAUUGUUUGUUUGUGUGUGUUUGGGGGAGACUGUGUGCAACAUGAGUGGCCAUUUUUUUUGUCUUUGCAGAACGGUGACUAGUCAUUUAAAAGUAUUAUGUGUACUGCCCACACACACACACACACACACAUCCAGUGUCCCUCUCUGUUUGUGAUUAAUUCCCCCCACACACAUCGCAGGUCAUCUCUGUGAUUGUUCCAGUUUAAUUAGCUGCUAAUUAGAUGUCACCCGUCUGCUGCAGCCAGCUGCCCGUGACACGCUCUGAUGCUUUGUCUUGCACAGUUAAACAGCGGGUUCGGGGAAGGAGAUGGAGAUCAGCCAGGGCGAGGCUUUGGACUCAAAGGAAGACCUAUUUAUGGACUGAAUUCUGCAUGAAUUGCACAAAGCGGAAAGCUGAUCUAAAGCUUUUGACAUUUCGAUAUUUAAAGACAGACUACAUCUACCAGUACACAGAGUGUGACAGCACGGGGUCACGAUGGAGGGUCGCCAUCCCUCUCAGUCCAGGCUCCUGCUCAAAUCUUCCACCUCCAACCAGAGGAACAGACUGCUCUUUCUCCUGUCCCGCCGGGAAGUUUUUAGAAAUGUCCACACAGCAGUGCAAACCGUGUGCAGCCGGCUCCUAUUCGUUGGGCAGCGGCCUCCGCUUUGACCAAUGGGACGCCAUCCCUGCAGGCUUCACCAACCUGGCCAGCUUCUUGGACCCUGGGCCAAAUGGAGAGGACAUUCAGGCCUGUAACAGCUCAUCGUGGAUGCCACAGGGUGUGUAUCUGGAGUCCAACCGCGACGAGUGUACGGUGUCUUUGGUUUACGCCGUCCACCUGGAGAAAAAAGGCGCCGUCUCCUUCACCUACCAGUACCCCGACAACAACAUCUUCUUUGAGUUUUAUGUCCAGAACGAGCAGUGUCAGGAAAUGGCUCAGACUGAUGACCAGAAGUGGAUUAAAGUCACUAAUAACGGAGAAUGGGACACACACACAGUGAAUCUGAAGUCCGGCACAAACAUCCUGUACUGGAGAACCACUGGCAUCCUGGUGGGAGGGAAGAUGGUCAAACCUGUGCUGCUCAAGAACAUCCAGAUAGAAGGUGUAGCCUACACGUCAGAGUGUUUUCCAUGUCGGCCCGGCUGGUUCAGCUCAGCUCCCGGCUCCUCAUCCUGUCAGUCUUGUCCCAGCAACACCUUCUCCAUCAAGGACGCGUCCUCCUGUACGCCCUGCCCUGAACACCACUACUCACACGAGGGAUGGGCGGAGUGUAAGGUGAGGCCGCCGUGCUCGGAGAAGGAUUACUUCCAGAUCCACACGGCCUGCGACAGCGAAGGGAAGACGCAGGUAUUGUAUCGUUGGGUCGAGCCAAAGAUCUGUGUGGAGAACGUCACAGGGGCCGUGGAGCUGCCCACAACGGGGCAGAAAGAGCCCUGCCCUCCCUGCAACCCCGGCUACCACAACAGCAAUGACUCCACCUGUUUGCCGUGCCCACCUGGAACCCACUCAGAUGGCACCUACGCAUGCACUGAGUGCCCUGCAGGUACAGAGCCAGUGUUGGGUUACGAGUACAAAUGGUGGAAUGUGCUGCCGUCCAACAUGAAGACGUCCUGUUUUAACGUGGGAAACUCCAAAUGUGACGACAUGAACGGAUGGGAGGUCGCAGGGGACCACAUUCGCAGUGGAGCCAGCAGUUCGGAUAAUGACUAUCUCAUCCUCACGCUGCAUGUGCCCGGCUUCAAGGUCCCAGCCUCUCUUUCAGGGAUGACCGGUGGCGAGUUUGGCCAGAUAGUCUUUGUGUUCGAGACCAUCUGCUCUGCCGACUGUGAGCUCUACUUCAUGAUGGAUGUGAACAGUAAGAGCACCACAGUGGUGGAGUCCUGGGAAGGCAGCAAGGGGAAACAGUCAUACUCACACAGCAUGACCAGGAACGCCUCGGUCACGUAUACAUGGGCCUUCCAGAGGACUAACCAUGCUCUGGACACACGUCGCUACGUCGGCGACAUGGUGAAGAUUUACUCAAUCAGCGUGACAAACGCCGUGGACGGGACGGCGUCAUCAUGUCGGGCCUGUGCUCUGGUACCCCAGAACUCGCAGCGGGCCGGAUCCUCCUGCGUUCCCUGCCCCGCUGGUUUCUUCAUCGACAGGGACACCAACCGAUGCCAGGAGUGCCCGCCCAACACACACCUGGCAGGGCGCCACACCUACGGCCAGGACGCGUGUGUCGCCUGUGGGCCUGGAAGUAUCAGCAACAAGGAACACUCUCGGUGUUACAGCGACUGCUCCUUCACUCACAUGGAGAACAACCGUACGCUGACCUUUGACCUAAGCCCCCUGAGCGGCGUGGCCUCGCUGACCAUCGGGCCGAGUUUCACCACUAAAGGCACAAAGUACCUUCACCUGUUCAACAUUAGCUUGUGUGGCCACGAGGGGAAGAGAGCUGCUAUCUGCACGGAUAACGUCACCGACGUGUCGAGCAAAGACGACCAGAGCGACUUGGCUCAGUUUGUCAACUCGGUGGACAGCUUCAUCUGUCAGUCGACCAUCAUCCCGGCAGACGGGCGUGGCUUCAGGAUGGCCAUUUCCUCCCAGUCCAUCAGCCUCGCAGACGCUUUCAUCGGAGCGACAGUAGACACCGUGCUGGACGGCGUGAACGCUAAACCUGAUCUUUACCCUGAAAACUCAAAGGAUGUUCCAGACAUCAACUUCUUCUACAGAUCAAACCAGGUGACGGCCUCGUGCGAUCAGGGUCGCAGUUCAGUCAUCACCGUUCGCUGUAACCCCGAGAAGUCUGAGCGAGGAGAGCUCUCCGUGCCCAGCUCCUGUCCUGCGGGAACGUGUGACGGAUGUACGUUUUACUUCCUGUGGGAGAGCGCCAGCGCCUGUCCACGCUGUGCCGAGGACGACUAUCACAAGAUAGAGGGGGCGUGUAAGGGCGGCGUGCAGGAAACUCUGUACGUAUGGAACGAGCCAAAGCUGUGCGCCAAAGGUGCAUUGCUGCCUCCCAGGAGCUCGUCCCCGUGCGAGGCCAUCGCUCUGUGGCUGAAGGUCGGGGUUGGCGGCGGAGCCUUCGUGGCCGUGCUGCUCAUCUCUCUCACCUGCUAUUUCUGGAAGAAAAACAAGAGGCUCGAGUACAAAUACUCUCGUCUGGUGAUGUCUGCCAACAAGGACUGCGAGCUGCCAGCUGCUGACAGCUGUGCUCUGGCUGAAGGGGAGGAACAGGACGACGACGUGGUCUACACCCAGAAACCCUCCCUGCUGGGCAAACUCCGAGCCAUUGCUAACAAGCACGAGGAUGGAGAGAUCAGCGAGUCCGUACAGCUGAACUCUUCCCAGUCUGAUCGAUGGGUCCUCGGGUAAACAGACGGCGACAGACAGAGGAGAGAGUUAAACAAUGGAGGACAGUCAGUGACUGUGUGUUCUUUGCCCAUCCCCUUCAUUGUGAGGCGGGGGGCACCGCUACUGACCCCAGUUUUCACUGGAGAAUGGUUGCCACUCUGGAUGCUGGCAAAAACUGGACAAUGGCUUGUUACUCCCUGACUCUAGAAACCACAGGAAACACUCUGCUGCUGCUGCUGCUGCUUUAACGCCGUGGAUGCUCCAGGGAGGCAACUGAAAGAUGCUCUUAAUGUUUUUUGUAUGUUUUGUAUUUUUAUUUGGUAUUUUGUGUUCAGAGUCAUGUAUUUAUAUCAAUGUUAUAAUGAUGAACCUUUAUUAAAGUCCUGUUUGACUCUGGGA